AUGAUUCAAAAUGAAAAAUUAUGUGAGUACGAGAAAAAAUUAAAGUUGUACAAUGAUGUGGUUGCCGAUAGGGAUAACUUAUUAGAGAUAAUUAAACAAUUUGAACAAUGGAGGACAAAAAAUGAUGUUGAACGCGCAAAUAUUUUUACUGAACAACUGACAUUGUUUGAAGCUAAAAAUGAAAAGAUCAAGAAAAUUACUACUGAAAAAUGCGAUUUGCAAUCUAAGAACUGCGAACUACAAAAAAUUAACAAUAAUAUCAAUGAUCAGUUAAGAACUCUAAAAUUAAACGAAAAUAUGUUCAAACUAAAGUUGGAGAACUCUGAUAAAAACGCAAAAUGUGCCCAAAAAGAAUCUAACGACGUUAAAGUAAAUUAUAAAUUCAAUUAAAUACCUAUUUCAUAAUUUUAUUAUUCUUAGCGUGUGUAUGGGAUACAUGCUGAGAAUGAUGAAAGAUAAAAAGUUAUGUUGGUUACCAAAUUACUAAAAAUGUAAAUGCUCGAAUUUGGUAAUCAAAACAUUAUUUAGUCAGGUUGUAUCGGGAGCGCGUAAAAACCUAGAAUGUAAAAACUUGAACGGUACAAAUCUGGAAUAAAAAAAAUUUUAAAUCCGUAAAAAUUUUGACGGUGCAAAUCUGGACGUUAAAAAAUUGGACGGUACGAAACUAGAUCGUAAAAAUCUGGACAGUACAAAUCUGGCAUAUAAAAUUUUAAAAUCCGUAAAAAUCUAGACGGUACAAAUCUGGAAUAUAAAAUUGUAUGACGGAGAAAUACUUGAACAUUGAACUCAAGGUUCUUUAUAAGUUGUACGCGCGAUAGUUGUUUCAAAUAUUUUAUUCUAAAUUUAUAUCGUCCAGAUUUGCAUCGUCAGGUUAUUUACGGAUUUCAAAAUUUUGUAUUCUAAUUUUGUACUGUCUAGAUUUGUACCGUCCAAGUUUUCACAUUUCAAGUUUUUAUGUGGUCAGUCACAAGUUUAUAAGAUUACAUAACAGAUGGUUUUAUUUCGUUCCCAAGUCCGUUUUACUCUUUUGUAAGGCGUUCAAAGGACAUUUUUAGAUUUCCGUUGUGAUACAUUUUGCAGACUUAUGAGGUUGAAAUGGUAUGCGAUUUCUGGGUUUUAACUUAGUUUUUUCACUAGUAAACGUCAUAAUUAGUAAAUAGUUUUCAUUAUUAUUAUAAGGUCCAAACAAAUUAAUAGUUUUUAAAUAAUGGUGGGUGUUCAACAGUUCUUCGUAUUAAGUAUGAUCAUAAAUGUAUAAAUUACUUUAGUCAUCCAAUUGAUACGCCUAACAGCAAACAAAUAUUCUAUUUUUUUUAAAUUUUUUUUAGAUUGAGUUGGAAAAAACAAAUUGCAUAGUUCGAAAAUUGAAAAUAAAUCUAAAAUCUAUCGAAGAAGAAAUUUGUGAAAAGCGCAAAAGAAUAGAAGAAUUUACUAAAACGUGCAACCGCUUAAAUGAUACGAAUGAAUCACUGGAAGCAGAUUUAAAAUGUACAAAAGCAAAACUAGAUGAUGCGAAAACGAGUGUAAAAUGUGUGGAGGAACAGUGUAGGCUUAAUAUGGGUACAUUGGCCGACCAGUUAAACAUGAAAUGUAAGCAAUUAGACGAUUUGGAGAUAAAAUAUAGUGAAGCUACAAGUAAACUAGAUAUUAAUAAUGGUAAAAUGGACACACUGAUGACAACGUUAUCAGCGUUGAAAACAGCGAGCUUAAAAAAGUACAAUAAAAUGAUAAAUGUGACCCAAAAGCUAAAAGAAGAAAAUUCUGCAAAGGAAGCUGAACUAUGUCGAUUAAAAAAUAAUAACAAGCUAUUGCGACGGGAUAACGAAUUCAUUAUUAUGGGAAAAAAACAAGAAAUGGAAAAUCAAUUGAAAAAGUAUACAUCAAUAUCUAAUGAAAUUGAUCAAAUCAAAUUGAAAUUGUCCUGCUGUCAAGUUUCUGAAAAAUCCCAAACAGACGUUUGUUUUUCCAAAACUUCGAUGAACAAGUGUUGNGAAAAUCAAUUGAAAAAGUAUACAUCAAUAUCUAAUGAAAUUGAUCAAAUCAAAUUGAAAUUGUCCGGCUGUCGAGUUCCUGAAAAAUCCCAAACAGACGUUUGUUUUUCCAAAACUUCGAUGAACGAGUGUUAA